GAUUCCAUAAAAGUUUCCAGAGGUGGAAAAGGCUUGUCAUUAGUAGGAUUUUGAUCGUAGGUACAUCUUCACUUUCACUGGAAUAGAGGACCGGCUUCCUCAGUCGUUGUAGUACCAGACCUGAAACUGCAACAUCAUGGAAACCGAGUAUUCUAAAAGGGCCUAUCAAGGGGUUAGGGUAAAGCACACAGUGAAAGAUUUACUGGCAGAGAAACGACAAAGACAAACAAAUGGACCAAGAUAUAGUGGAGGAACAUCCAGUCAAUCGUCAUUUGUCCAAAUGCCAGGGUCUCACAUGAUCCCUGGCUACUACAGUAUGAGGCGACCCUUCAUCUCUGACUCGGACUUCUCCCCCAAGCAGUUUUCAGCCGAUGUCUACUCCUCAUCCCUUGGGGGCAAGCCUCUGGGUUGUGAUUCAUCAGCCAUGUCGGGAUACUCCUCCUUCAUAGACAGCUACUACCAGGAAACGUUCGGAGACUACCGCAGUGCAGCCUUCUCCACCGGAGGGAGCUCCAUCUUCCCCAGCUCCGCCCUGUCCAGUCUGCUACCACCUUUAUCCGGAGAGUCCCCUCACUUCCUCCUGAGAGAUUCAUGGGAGCAGUCAGUGGCAGACCCAGUGACCCAGGGAGAGGGCUUGUGUGCAGACAGCCUGAACUCUGUUCCAGUCUCCCUGCCCAGCCCCGACCCUCCUGGGAGCCCCUCACAGUACCGCUGCUCCACCCGUAGCUCCUCCAUGGCCUCGGCACAGCCCUAUGCCCUUCACCCUCUGGAAGAAGUACACUACCACACCUCUUACCCGGCUGCCUCCACUUUCACAUGUCCUUCCUAUAUGACUGUCUCCAACGACCUAGCCUCCAAGAUGGCCCCUCUAGCUAAUGAGGACUCUGACAGUACCCUCACCACACAUAGUGACACGCACACGUGGGUGAAAGAAGAUGUCGGAAGCUCUUGGUCACCAUAUGAGAUUCGGAGGACUUAUUGAGUCAAUUUGGAAACGAAAUUUGACCCUCCUAAGUCCCCUGGUGACAUACAGUAAUAGCCGGGUGCACACUGGUUGCAUCAACGUUAUUUACACGGCAUUUCAAUGAAAUUACCUUGAGCCAACAUGGAAUAGACAUUGAAUUGACAUUUAUGAUUCAGUGGUUAGACCUAAAAUGACUUUGCCUGUGUUCAAAUGUUUGAAAUAGAUGUGCUUCUAUACAGUCAUUAUAUUAGAAAAACAUCAUUUUUAUUUAUAUACUUCCAUGGCGACAAUUACGAUGAACAUGUGACAAUGAUCUUUAUUUUUGCUAAAGGUUGUUUUACUUUAAUGUUCUUCUUUACUUAAUAUCAUCUUGUUGUCUGAAUUAAUAACGAAAUCAGAGUUUGUCAAACUGUAUCUGCUUCAUGUUAGCCUUUACUCGAUGACGCUUUGGUAAUGAAUAUGUGCGUUUUUUUUUUAAAUCUUUCGUAUCUUUUAGGAUUUUGUUGCAAAACAUUCAUUAGUAGUAAUAGGCAGAGGUGACAACUAAAUGAAAAGACCGAGAUAAAGACAGUUUCAAGUUCGAUAUUCGACGGAUAUUCGCGCUUUCAAACCACUUGAGCCACAGACUCCAAAUACGUGUCAUGAUGUUGGAAAACUUGUGCACAACAUUGCACAGGUCUUCUUUUCACGAUCUAGACAUUAAUUUGCUUUCCAAAGCUAAUAAACAUGUGGAAAUGUGA